UAAUGUCUUCUGAGCAUGUGCGUAGAUGCUACUGUACCUUCUGCUUCCAUUUUAAGUCAAAAAGGCCACAAUUUUCUCAAUGUUCAGAAUGUGGAUACAUAUUGGGGUUCCCCUAAUCUGGAGUUAGAGUUCCUAUUCUUUGUGGUACUUGAAAAGUGGGAUUCCCAGUCCCUGGACAGUUGUAUCCAGAGUACGCUCUCGGCACUCUACCCUCCAUUCGAGGUCACAGCAGCCACGGUUCUGUGCCAGGUCUUUGAUGUGGUGGAGAAGACAUACCGUGGGGACGGCCUGCACUACCUCAUCGACUUUCUGAUUCCAGCCAAGCACAUCUUGCAGUGCGUUCAGCAGGAUGCCUGUGUCCAGUAUUGUGGAUUGCUGUUCCGGCAUGAGGGCUGGCCCCUCUGCAUCCAUGAGAAGAUUGUAGUUCAACUUGGCUCCUUCGACUGGCGAAUCUUGAGACCAGGAGACUUUUACCUGCAGGUGGUCCCUUACUUGAAAAAGUCCCCACGAAUCAUUGUGAAAUGUUUGGCCGAGGACAAGCAUAAUGUUGAUGAGCUUGUGGUUCCUGAAGUCUCCUACACUUCCAUUUUCACUGUGGAAUGGCUGAAUGGCAUCAACAGGGAGCGGAUGGGAAUGGCACUGGAAAACUGCUUACUAGGCACAGAAGAUAAAAUAUUCCGGGUGCCCUGGGACAGAAUAGUCAAUCCAGAAUUUAUUGAAAGCCCCCCAAAAAUGAACGGUGGCCUAAGUUCUGUUCCAGUGACUGAACAGCCUUCAGAUUUGGUCUUUUCAGAGGUGCCGUCUCAAAGCAGCUCCCUUGAAGUGGAGUCCCAACUUUUUAAUGGGCCAAGUUUACCUGAAGACAGCUUCUUUAUGACCAAUACAACAGAGCAACUUGUGAGGGCAGCUGCCAGCAUGGAGUGUGUGAGCCCAGGCCUUAGAGAAGACUCUAUAAGUGACCUGGAAGGGGAAUAUGUGGAGCUCACAGACGUUUCACUGCCUAAAUUUGGACCUCAAUCAGUCUCCCUCAGUUACUGCACUAAGCCGAGGAUGAGAGUAAAGGACAAGCCUGCAGCCAGUCAGGACAGCAGCACUUGCCUGAGGAAUGGAGUUGGUUUAGCAGUCAUAUUAAUGCCACACGGGCAUCUGGACACAGCAAAGCCCUCUGAUACCCAGGCCAGUAAUGCUAGGAAUCUUUUGGAGGAUGAUCAUGAACUAGAAAGUAACAAAUUGCUAUUGGAAAAUUAUGAGGGGCCUGCUUCUGGCUCUGAUCCCAAGGAGCUUUCUGAUGUAAAGGGGCAGGCCCAGCCAGGACAUGAGCUUGACUGGAGGUACGCAAUGUGCAGCUACCAUGAUGGAGAAGAUGCUGAAUGCAGGUCUCUGACAGCUGUGGCUUCUGAAAUGACAGAGACAGCUCAGAGGAAUAGCACAGAGCUGGAAAAUGGCAGCAGGGUCUCUGAGCAUGGCUAUUGCUCUAGUGUGCUAGGAACAGGCACCAGGGAGAGUUGUGGGAGUUCUGGGAAGGAUAACUUCCCUGAGCCUCAUUUGGGACAUUUGGCCAAGGACUCUGACCCUUCCAGCCCAAGGUUGCAGGAGAAUGCCUUUUCCCCACCCAUGCCAAAGUCACUGUCACCAAAACCCUUCUCUGAUGUGAGGGCGGCAGCACACAGUCACCUCCGACAAGAACUGUCAGUAGAAGUCACAGGUCACACUUCUGAGCGGCUGGUGGAGCUCCAUCACCCAGUUGAGCAGUUGGAGAAGGUGAGCCCAAGGCCAGCAGAGGCAUUAGUUGGGUUGGGCAGCAGUGUUUAUGGAGCGGAAAGCCUCCAAUGUUUCGCCAAGCAAAGUCUCUCUGAGAAGGAGAAGCAGACCAGUUCUGGAAGCACCUUGUCACUCCAAGGUGAGACAGAGGCACACCUGCUUCAAGAGGCUGGGCAAGAGAAUGUGGAUUGUUCUCAACCGCAAGCUGAGAGUGCUUUUCUGCCUGUCAGUUCUGGGGUAACAGCAAAAACAUUGGGGAGCAGCUGCAGCAGCCCUUCAGUGGAGACAGAUGCACAAGUUGAGGAUGCUUCUAAUCAGGGUAACAAAGAAGAAGCUGCGGCUUGCUGGGUGGACCUACCAUACCUGCUAAGCAAACCAAACACUUUGAUGUUGGAACCCCCCCCAGAGGUGGAAUGUUUGACAGGCAAGCCCCAACCCAAUAAGGAGGGCCAAGUAGCACCCCUGCCCUCUGCACCAGUGAAAACGAGGUUACAAGGCAGCACCAGGAAUGUCUCAGAUGGGGACCAAGUAGUCACAGAAGCCUCAUUGAAAUGGGUAGAAGAAUUCAGCAGAGGAGGUGACCAAGUUAGGCUGGUGCCAGCUGAUCAUGGAUCUAUCUGGGAAGAAGGCUCAGCAGUGGCCACACACCAAGAAUAUCCCUUCGUUCCAUCUGGUGGAAGUCAGCAAACUGUCCCCACUUCCAUGAAGGAUGUAAACUGGGAGGUGCUUAGGAGUGGAGUUGCCUGCCUACCAGGCACCAGAGACAAGUAUGGACAUGCGGUGGUCAUCAUCACAAUGAGGAAUACAAUUUGGCUAAACCCACACUGCAAUGCUAGUGAGCUGAUGCGCCUCCUCCUGUACUUACGGAGUGUCCUCAGGCCCGAGUGCCAGGCUUUGGGCCUAACUAUCCUGGUAGAUGCCCGUCGAUGCUCUCCAGUCCCAGCUCUCUUUAAAGCUUUAGCUGUUCUGCAGGAUGCUGUCCCUCGCUGCAUCCAUGGGGCCUUGUUGCUUGUUGAGAAAGAUAUCAGUUUUCGAUUGGAAAAACCAGCUUCUAUACAGUGGGAACUUCUCACCUCCAUGAAAUCCCUCCACAAGCACAUCGGGGGGCAGCUGCCCCUAGAAUUUGACGGGGCCCUUCCAUAUUGCCAUCAGGACUGGCUGCGCUUUCGAAUGCGCCUGGAGCACCUGCUGCAUGGAUGCGAAGAUGCCGGCACCUUCCUCAGGGAAGCCAUCCAAGCUGUGGAGUCCAGCAGCUGGCCAGAGAAAGUGGAGGAGGCUGAUGCCUUGCUGAAGAGCUACAGGCAAUUAAUGAAGACUGUUCUUGAUGAUAGACGACUGGUCAGGUUGCAGCUGGAAGGAGGGGCGCUUCUUGCUCGCCUAAGGAAAGAAGAGUCCUGUGUUACUCUGACGGAGGACUACAGAGAUGCGAUGGAGGCAGCUGUUGCGCUUUACAAUGGAGUGGACGAGGGCAUCCAUCAGCUGGUGAUGAUGUCAAACAAGCGCAUCCAGGCCCUGGAGUUGGUGAUAGACUUUGGAGCCUUUGAAGAAAGCUUUCGGGAGGUCAGCAGAUGGAUGGAGAAUGUUGGUCAAACACGGCUCACGGAGCUGAGUGAGCUGGAUGGUUCUUUGGAGGUCUUGCUUAAAGCACAGAGGCAGUUCCAGGACUUUGAGCUCGUUGCAAGUGAAUAUUGCCGAAGGGGUUGGGAAUCUCUGAGAGAGAUGGACAAGUGGGAAGAUGCUUCCUCUGCUGAGCUGCACGCAGGGUGUCGUGUCAAGUUGCAGAUGUACAGAACCCAGUUCCAGAGGUUUUGCAGCCAGCUGGAGGCCAGCAGGAGCCGGAUAGGCCAGACGAUCAAGCUGUAUGAAUUCUUUGACCAGGCCUACGAAUGGGCAUUGGAGGGCAUGCGCCACCUUUCCAGCAUCAGCACAGAGGAGGGCAGCUCCCUUGAGGAUUGUGCUUCAGCUCUCAGGAGCCUGGAGAGCUACAAGAGGCAGCACCCAGAAAUCAGUAGUGCCAGAUUCCAGGAGAUGAAGGAGCUGGCAUGCCAGCUGAAGAGCAGCCGUGCCCUGAAGCAAUGGCAGCUAGCCUGGUCCAAGUGCCAGGAGACCAUGCUGGGCUUUGAAAUGAAGCUGGAAGCUGCCCUGAGGACCAAGAGUUCUCUGUGCCCUCCUGACUUGAAGCCAUCGCCUGAGGGAGAGCUCAGCCAGGAGGGCAGGCCGCCUUUGGAGGGGCCACUCCCCUUCCGUCUCCCUGGGUGGACUGGGGAGCAGGUUGUGCUCCCAAGCCAGGUCAUUCCAGAGGCUUAUAAGAAGGAGAAGGUCACCCUGGAGAGCAUUGUGGAAGUCCUGGAGGCAGGACCCUCCCGCCCCUCCACCCCAGCCUCUGGCCAGCAGCCAUUCCCCAAAAGGCCCCUGAGGAAGGCCCAGAGUUUUGACCUGCCCUGCACAGAGGGACUGCACUCUGGCUGCCAGCGGACUCUGAGUGAGCCAGCCCGUUAUGGCAACACUGGCGUCUUCAUCAAGGGGCUGGAAGUGAGCAGUACUGAGCAUGUGGCCCGGCAACACCUCGGCCCAACCAGUUGGGCACCUGGCGGCUUGCAAGCGGAGCAGAGGAGCAGCCUCUCCAUACCAGAGGCAAAGAGCUUGGGCAGCAAACUGCGGCACAUCAUUGAGGAGAUGGUGAUGACUGAGCAGGAGUACGUCCGGUCCUUGCGCUACAUCAUUGAGAGCUAUUUCCCUGAGAUGGAGCGGCUGGACCUGCCCCAAGACCUGCGGGGGAAGCGGAGCGUCAUUUUUGGGAACCUGGAGAAGCUCUACGACUUCCACAGCCAGUACUUCCUGCGGGAACUGGAGAACUGCUGUAACCACCCGCUGCGGGUCAGCCACUGCUUCCUGAGACAUAAAGACCAGUUUGGGAUGUAUGCUCUCUACAGCAAAAACAAGCCCAAGUCUGACUCGCUCCUGGCCAGCCGUGGGAACUCUUUUUUCAGGGUAACUCAAGCAGAUGCAGCUGGGGACAAGAUGGACCUGGCCUCCUACCUGCUGAAGCCCAUCCAGCGCAUGAGCAAGUACGCCCUCCUCCUGAAGGACCUGAUCAAGCAGUGUGGGGAGGCUCAGGAGCAGGAGCUGGCCUACCUGCAAGCCGCGGAGGAGAUGGUGCGCUUCCAGCUGCGUCACGGCAACGACCUCCUGGCCAUGGAUGCCAUCCGGGACUGUGAUGUGAACCUCAAGGAGCAGGGGCAGCUGGUGCGCCAGGAUGAGUUCAGCGUCUGUCUGGGCCGCAGGAAGUGCCAGCGCCAUGUCUUUCUCUUUGAAGACCUGAUCCUUUUCAGCAAGCCCAAGCGGGUUGAGGGGGGGCUGGAUGUCUACAUCUACAAGCGCUCCUUUAAGACAGCAGACAUUGGCCUGACUGAGAACUCCGGCGAGAGUGGGCUGCGCUUUGAGAUCUGGUUUAGAAGGCGGAAAUCGAGUGACACCUACGUCCUGCAGGCCAGUAGCCCCGAGACCAAGCUGGCCUGGACCAGUGACAUUACCAAGAUCCUGUGGGAGCAGGCUGCCCGCAAUAAAGAGAUCCGCAUGCAGGAGAUGGUGUCCAUGGGUGUGGGGAACAAGCCUUUUCUGGACAUCAAGCCGAGUGAAGCUGCCAUCCAUGACCGUGCCAUUGAUUACAUUAUGAAAGGCAGGGGAGCCAGGACUCGGGCUUCUAUUGCCGUCUCUCUGUUUGACCACGCCAACCCUUACAAGAGGUCGCAAACACCACUGCCUGCUGGCAGCCCAUCCUCCUCCUGCACAGUGCUUGGGCCUCUCAACUUGCACAUGUACCUGAACCAGUCUCUGCUGCCCAGCAUGCUCUCAACCAGCCACUCCUUGGAUGCAGGCACAUGCAUAGAGGAGGAUGAGAUGGAGAACGAGACCAGCAGCCAGCCUUCCAUGACGACUGAGAGCUCAGAAUCCUCCUCCCAAUGCAUGUCCAGGAGCGGCUCCAGUGGUUCCGACAGUGGCUGCGUAUCCAGCGCUCCCCAGGAGAGCUUCUGUGAAGACCUUGGCUCACCCCUCCCCAUCCCCGAAGGCUCUGCUUUUCCCUCCCCCACAGAGCAGAAAACCUGUUUCCCCAAAAGCCAGUACGUUUCAGCGGUCUAAACGCUGGUUUCCGUGAUGUUUCUCAGGAGACAAGAAGAAGGAGCCUGUGUAUGUCCCCACACAGCACCCAGGAGCCCAUAAUAGUAGUGGAGAAUACUGAGCAAUUAACUAGACUGGGCCACAGCACUGGACAUGAAAAUGCCUUUGUUUGUGUGACUGAAUUGUGGAGUGAGUUGAGUGCCCCCAGUGCAGGUGUGAGUUCCUGCUGCCUUCUGCUGCUGUUUUACAAGGCAGCCCCAGUGAGCAGCAGCAGUGAAAGGUUUGGGCGCCAUUGUUGAGGGAGGGGGUUUAGGGGGAGAGUUGUCAAGUUUUGGUGGUCCUGAUGUGGCUACGGAUAGAGAAACAACUGUACGUUGAGGGUAUGGAUCAGAGAGAUAGAUGCUGGCUGGUCACUUGUCUUUUUUUACAGUUGACUUGCUUUGUUCCACAAGCUGCACAUUUAGGGGAAAAAAAUUUUCAAAGGGCAGAAUAAAGAAACAAAGUAUUUAUUUUGUUAUCCAGGCCAGUUCUUUGUAUAGGUUUGCCUGGUCUUGAGAUAAUUUAUUUCCUUGUCCAUACCACUAAUUGCUUCAUUAGCAGAUUCCACAGGUGCCUCAGAGCCAAGUUGUCACUAAAAGAGUUGUUUCUUUCUGUUCAUUGUUAGGAAACUAAAUUAAUCGACAGGGCAGCACUUACAGGGGGUGGGGGUCUGAAUAUGCAGUGGAAUGAGGGGGUGAAAUCCAGAGGCAUCAGAAUGGGCAAUGACAUUGCCGAGGGCAAGUAAGAGAAAAACAUUUUAACAUUUAUUGAAUUUUGCACAAAAAAUAGUCCAUGAACAUAGAAAGCUAGCACAGCAGGUAAGAACCUAAUCAUAGAGUUUUCUUCCUGGUGUGCUAGAUUUUAACCCGCAGGGGGCUUUCCCAUUGGGGGAGCAUUCUAAAAUGGGAGUUCUCAUUUGCUGUCUGAAGUGUUAUAUCUUAUUCUGCUUCAUGUGUAGACCAAGCUGUUAAGCAUUUCUGAACCUCCAGCUGGGAUCCGACCCAAGGGACAGUGGUCAGCCUCCUUUGACUUAAGGGGAAAUAAUGCACUUGAGUUCACAGUGAUCUGCCUGCCAAGGCAAGUCAGGAACAGGUCAUUGCUAGUAGAGGCAGUUCUAAGCCAUUUCUGCCAACCUAGCUGAGGAAGUACUGGCAAUUUUCUGAACCUCAAGCAUCUGGAAGCCAGGCAGUACUGAAAUUGUGUGCCACACAGUUCUCUGCUGUUGUGCUUCUGCUUCUGGCUUUAGUCCACAAGUGCCUCUUCCUUGCCUCCCAUUUACUACCCAUAUUCCCAUUUCAUUCUAAAACCCAUGAGCUGUAAAUAUAACCCCUAUUUUACAUUUAUUUAAUGAACUGAAUUUAUUCAGCCCACUCCCCACAAAGAAUGGAAUACCAAUGCUCUUUGGUAGAAUAUCACCUGCAGCACACCUGGAAAGGGAUGACUUUAGAAACUUCCAAGUAAUGUUUCUUGAUUAAUAUAACUUUGACUUUUAUAAACAAAGUGUUUCCCAGAAAACUGGAGGAAGCCUGGGAUCAAUUUUGGAUGAAUCAGUAUCUGGAAUUACUUGUGCUGGGCAGUUUUUUUCAUUGCUGGAAAAAAAUCCUUAAUGUAUGCCUGCCUGGCACCAAUGUUAUGUUCAAAGUUUGACUGAAUUACUUAAUAAAAGUUGUUUCUUACAGUA